AUGCCCGCCCCUCAAAAACCCAGCACAGAAAGAUCUCCUACGCAUGCUGCCUCAUCUCUAACCUCACCACAACCAGCAACAGCAACAGCAACAGCAACAGCAACAACUACCCAUCAGUCCUCUUCUUCAUCCGUUCUGUCUCCUACAACAGCAAAUCAACCCCGGGACCCACAAGAAGCAGUUCGCCACACACUCGAAGCCCGCACCGCUUUCACUGCAUCUCUCCACUCCGUCGGCCAAACGGUCUCAGCCGAUCUUCGGGCCCGAGCAGUAGAUUUACACGAAAAUGCAGCAGUAAUUCAAAAGCAAGAGAAUGUAUUAGCAAAACAUACAGCUGAACUAUCAAAGCAAAACGAUCAGUGGGACAAGGUUGUUGAUACUGCACGCCAGGGAUUGAAGGAGAUUGGCGACGUACAGAACUGGGCUGAGAUGAUCGAGAGGGAUUUACUUGUUGUUGAGGAGGUGCUGAGAUUGGUUGAAGGCGAGGAAGGACAUGAGGGAGAGGACGAUAGGGUUAGAAGGGAAGAAGAAGGGUAUCACGAGGAGCAGUUACGUGACGGACUACAUGAGGAAGAAGAUGGAGACUUGACGGAAAGAGAGAAUGGGGAUAGAAAGAAGGUCACUCAAGAGCCUGUUGACGUUCUGGAUGAUGUUUUGUCUUCCGCAUCCGGUAUAACUGGUACAUCAGCCACGUCGGGCGCGAUUUCUGAGUCUUCUGGAAAGAUCAGUCCACGGGAUCAGGACGGUGGUCAGCAGCAGAUCAAAACCAUUGGUGAUACCAAGAAGAGCGCUGGUGGAUGGUGGAAAUGGUGGUGUGCAAAAUUGUCAAUCAUAGUUAUAUGGUCGAUUAUUUAUUAA